AUGAUUGAACUCAGCAAACUUACAAGCGCAUGUAAACGUAUCAAUAAAGAUACUUGUUAUGAAUUUGUAACCUAUCGUCAUGCAACACCAGAUUUAUUAUCAACACAAAAGAAAUCAGCAAAAUUUAAUAUAUUACGUUCAAAAAUUUCAAAUUAUAAACAAAGAAGUAAAAGUGCAUGUCGAUUAUCGACUCGUAUACGACCAAAAAUCGAAUGUUCAUCGCCCACGGCAAAUAUUCAUAAUAAUGAACAAUCAUUAUUCGAACAUCUGGCACAUGCGACAUCGAAUACACCAGCUAAUCUACCAAUGAUUGUAAAACAAUCAUAUAAACCUUUACAUGCUAAGUCAACACAAUUUAAUAAGAAUACAAUUGCUGUAACAAAAGAUACAACUGUCAACGCUCUGUAUGCAAUAUCAAAUUGGGUUUUUAUUGAAAUCAGUGGAACAGAUCAAACUGGUUUUGUACCUAUUUAUUGUCUUCGUUUACCAGGUCAACCUAUAGAGCCGUCUUCUUCUCAAAAUAAUUUAAGUUUAUUAAAUGUAAGCAUCUAUGAAAAAUCUCAACCAGUUAUCGAUACAUCAACACCUCCACCGCCGGGUCGUUUUAUUUCUUCAAUUGGACCAUGCCAUUUUAAUAUUGAACAAACAUCUCUCACAUGUCCACGCAUAAAUAAAUCUCGAACAUAUACACGUCAAAAUAAAGAUCAAUCAAAUUUAUCUCGACAAAUAUCGAAUAUGUCACUUCAUGCUUAUGAUCAUGAUGCUUACGGAACACUCAAUCUGACGCCAUGUAAAAGUUUAUCAUUUAGUGUAUUAGAUAAUGAGCCGAUUAUUUAUCAUUCGAAUAGUCGUCUACGUAUUAUUGAAAAUUAUCAACGACAAUUUGUUGGUGAUAUCAGUGUACUUGAAUCUGAAGUUGUUACACUUGUAAAUACAACACAAUCAGAUAGUGAUUGGCGUUUUAUUCGACGUGGUGAUGGACGUCAAGGUUAUAUACCAAAACAUAUUGUUGUACUUGAUCAAAAUUUUAAUUAA